AUGUCACUGUUUCUGCACCCUCUCAUCACACUCAAUAUUUGGUCUGACGACCACGGCAUCGACGUUUUUUACCUUCUUUCCUUAUUUUUUGCCUUUGGGAUUUGGCUCGUGUUCCAACGGUAUCAAAGAGCCAGCAACAGUGCGGUUCCGUUCAAGUUCUCUGUCCCUGAGCCUGCCGAAGUUGGAUGGAAGUCUUUUGUAAUAGAUGAUCCUACACUGACCUCCCACGAAACCAACGAAGAUCUUCUACCUUCUUUCACUAUCCAAGGACGAAAAUACAUCACCAGCUUCGAUCCAGCGACAGGUCUGCAUAUCCAAACGUAUUUAGCCGAUGGCAAAGAAGAAAUCGCGCAAAAAAUCGAGAAAGCAGACGAAGCACAGCUGUCAUGGCGUGAAACCUCGUUUACUCAACGAAGACGCGUCGUUCGUAGCUUGCUGAAAUGGAUGGUAGACAACCAAAAUAUUUGUGCUAAAGUUGCUUGUAGAGAUACGGGAAAGACGAUGGUUGAUGCGGCUCUGGGUGAAAUUCUGACCACUUGCUCUAAGAUGGAAUGGUUGAUAGCCCACGGAGAAAAAACUCUACGACCGGAGAGGCGAUGUCGCAAUACGAUGUUGGCUUACAAGACUUCUGAGGUACAUUAUGAGCCUCUUGGAGCGGUUGCGGGAAUUGUCUCGUGGAACUACCCAUUGCAUAACGCCUGGUCUCCAAUACUAGCAGCCUUGUUUUCCGGAAAUUCUAUCGUUCUGAAGUGCUCUGAGAAUGUAAUAUGGUCAACGUCCUGGUAUAUCUACAUCAUUAGGUCUUGCUUGGAAGCAUGUGGUCACGACCCAGAGAUUGUUCAGCUUGUAUGUUGCUGGCCAGAAGACGCGGAUGCUCUGACGACAUCGUCGCUGAUUAAACACAUCACAUUCAUCGGUUCUGAAGAAGUGGGACGCAAGGUCGCGGUGGCUGCUACCAAACAUCUCACGCCGGUAACAUUGGAACUCGGAGGAAAGGACCCUGCGAUAAUCAUGCCUGGCACUGACUUGAAUAAGUGGGUGAGUACCUGGAUGCGGGGUGUAUACCAAAAUGUCGGCCAGAACUGUAUUGGCAUUGAACGCUUGAUCGUCCAUCGUUCGCAAUAUGAUGACCUGUUCGAUAUUUUCUCCCAGCGGGUCACCAAACUGCGGCUUGGCUCAGUUAUGGCACCAAAUGAUCAAGGUUAUCUUUCACCGGUGGAUUGUGGCGCUAUGAUUUCUUCCGCCCGAUUCGAUGCGCUGGAACAUCUCAUCACAGAGACAGAGGAAUUUGGAAACGGCGUACAUGUCGAAGGCGGUAAGAGACAUAAGCAUAUCUACAAUGACAAGGGCACCUAUUUUUUGCCCACUGUUAUUGGACCGGUAUCUUCUGACAUGACGAUUGCUCAGAAAGAGCUGUUCGCGCCUAUCGCCCUGAUUAUGCCUUACGGUACCGUCGACGAGGCCAUCAACAUCGCGAAUAGUACUCGUUACGGUCUAGGCGCAAGUGUCUUUGGACCCGACCAAAGACAAUGCCUCAAAGUUGCGAGAGAGCUUGAGUGCGGAAUGGUGUCAAUCAAUGACUUUGGAGUCUUUUAUGUACCGUCUUUCCCCUGUAGUCAAGAUCUGCCGUUUGGUGGAACGAAAUACAGUGGUUAUGGAAGGUUUGCCGGACCUGAGGGUCUUCGCAGCCUAACGAAUCCCAAGGCGAUUAUGGUCGAUCGGUGGCCUGUAUUCGUACAAACUUCCAUACCAAAGGUGCUAGACUACCCGAUUCGUUCGUUGACAACAAGCUGGGAGUUCACGGCCGGUCUCGUCCGCUUUCUGUAUGCAGAUGGAUGGCGAUCCCGCAUUCGCGGCCUUAUUACCGUAAUAAAUGCAUCGCGGAAAUGA